AUGGUCGGAUCCGAUAUGGUGCCCCUUCGGGCUGAUGACACCAGAGUUGAGGGACAGGAUCCCCUCAUUCCUCCUGCUCUUCUGAUCUCCGAGAUCCCCAUCACAGAUGCCGCUCUUGAGACCGUCGUCAAGGGCCGCAAGGAGGCUGUGAACGUAAUCAUGGGCAAGGACGACCGCCUUCUUGUCGUCGUUGGUCCUUGCUCACUUCACGACCCCGCCACCGCUCUUGAGUACUGCAGCAGACUCAAGGCUCUUUCUGAGAAGCUUAAAGACGACCUCGUGGUCGUGAUGAGAGCUUACCUCGAGAAGCCCCGCACCACCGUCGGCUGGAAGGGUCUUAUCAACGAUCCUGAUAUCGAUAGCUCUUUCAAGAUUAACAAGGGCCUUCGGAUCUCGCGUCAACUCUUCUGCGACUUGACUUCGGCCGGCAUGCCUAUCGCCUCCGAAAUGCUCGAUACUAUCUCCCCUCAGUUCCUUGCGGACUUCAUCUCUGUCGGUGCCAUCGGUGCCCGUACUACCGAAAGCCAGCUCCACCGCGAGCUUGCCUCCGGUUUGUCCUUCCCUGUCGGAUUCAAGAACGGUACCGACGGUAACCUCGGCGUUGCGAUCGACGCUAUUGGCGCCGCUGCCGCUAAGCACCAUUUCAUGGGCGUGACUAAGCAGGGUCUGGCUGCUAUCACACGUACCAAGGGCAACGAGCACGGUUUCGUUAUUCUCCGCGGUGGCACUAAGGGCCCUAACUACGACAAGGAGAACAUCCAGGACGCUAAGGAGACUCUCGUCAAGAAGGGCCAGAAGCUCGCUAUCAUGGUUGAUUGCUCUCAUGGCAACUCCAACAAGGACCACCGUAACCAGCCGAAGGUCGCCAAGGUCGUCGCUGACCAGAUCCGCGAAGGCGAGAAGGCUAUCAUUGGUGUUAUGAUUGAAUCAAACAUCAAUGAGGGAAACCAAAAGGUUCCCGCUGAGGGUCCCUCUGCCCUCAAGAAGGGCGUCUCCAUCACUGAUGCAUGCAUCGACUGGGACUCCACCGUGUCUACCCUCGAGGAGCUCGCCGAGGCCGUCCGUGAGCGUCGCGAGGUCAAUGGUGGCCUCGCGAGCGGUGUUGCCACCCCUAAGCCUAACCCUCUCGAAGAGGACUAG